GCCCCGCUCACGUAACUGGCCAGUUCCUACUGUGCCGUAUCCGCGUAAACUACCACCUUUCUCGCCUUUCAAACAGCUCUCGCCUCGUUCCAACUCUCUGUGCUCGCGUUAAAACCAGAGUAAUUCCCCGAAAUCCUUCUCUCCCAUGAUUGUACAUUCUUCUAUCGUCGGUUAUCUGUGAUUCACGCGGGGAAAUGUGCUCGACAAGCUCGAUCGAUUUGGAAAUAUGAACGGCAACGAGAACUCUCACACGAGGAAGCAUGGAUACGUGGUCAACAACAUGGUGAUCGUGCCAUCGCCUGGUUCUAUAUGGGAUUACCCAGAGCUGAACCAGGUCAGCAGCGUGAUGGGCUUGGUGUACGGGACUGGACCAAAGAUUGAACAGAUAGAUCUAUUCCCUCCCAAGAUUCGGAUUCCAGAAACGCACAUGGAGAGUCCGUCGAGGUUCGAGUUAACGAAAACGGAGGUCGAGAACGCGGACGAAACGGAGUUAGGCGAGGUGAAGGUGACGCUGCCGACGAACAGCGUCGCGACGUCGACGCCUGUCCAGCCAGGAAGCAUACCGUGUAGAAACGGCGGCUGCAAGAGUUGGAAUCGCGGGGAAUCACGACUAGAAAGUCCGUGGCAUUUUUUGAAAACCGUUUUUCUCAUCUCUGUGAUCGUCGCUCUUAUCAUUUGGGUGAUCGUUUACACGUUUCUCACGCAGUACAGAAUCUUGUGAAAAAUUAUAGAGAUUAGGGGAACGCUGAAGGACCUUGGAUCGUUGAUAUUUCUCUGUCACGAGAGCAGAAGAU